AUGGUUCAAUGUUUUGCACACAUACGGGUAGUUGUGACCAGCACGCUGAUUGGCUAUCCCAGCCUCUGCGUCAUUGGGUCCCCCACGUCGUAUUUUCCCGAACACGCGCAUGCGCAGCUGUUUUUUCAGUCCAGCGUGAAGUGUACGGUCCAGAAAGGCUUCGACGCAGUUUGUCUGGAGGUAGUCCCCUUCAACCCACAUCAGGGGCCCCCCUCUGGCCGCACCAGGGGUCUGCACAGCUCGCCCCAGGACGCAUUUGGACUCCGCGCAGAUGCUCUGAUUUUGGGCACUCUCCAUCCCCCUGGUGGAUGA